GAGCAGCGCGGCGGAAGGGUAGGUGUGAGUGGGAAGCUGCGAAUUCCUCGGAUGCGCGCACGUCUUGUAAGGCCGGGGUGUCGGUACAUUGCUCGCGUACCGCGCGAUGUUCUCGUGCGCGGCUGUGUUUUAGUGGUUUCCACGGGCUCGAGAUAACAAGCGAUAACGGCGACCCGUGCCGCGAGCAAACUCUCGUUGGUCUUAUCGGCUCGAAGGCGGCGGCAAUCGACGGAACGGCCGCGCAGGCAACGCUCAGCCACCGAGAACCCAGCUCAGCGGCAGGUAUGAAGACAUCACUACUUGUGUGCAUCGUGUUCUGUACAUCGGCUUACGGAGGAUCUGAAUUGCCGUCAUUAUGUCCUCACGAAUGUCAAUGCAGGGACAACUUUACAGUGAUAGCGUGUUCGCACCGACAGCUGCAGAGUUUUCCCACGCCGCUUCCCCGCAGCACUCAAGAAGUGGACGUCAGUUUCAAUUCCAUCGAAAAGGUUCCGACUCUCAGUGUCGCGAGGCUCACGAAGGUCACGUUUUGUCACAACCAUGUGAGGACAAUUCCACGCGGCACUUUUGCCCACGCGACAGCUUUGCGAACGCUGGACUUCAGCCACAACUGUCUGGUUUCGCUGGCAGCCGAUGAUCUGGAUGGCUUGGAAUCGCUUUCAGACUUGGACCUCCGUUGGAACGAACUCCGCAAGUUGGAACGAUACGCUUUCCACAGGGUUCCGAAUCUGAGAACGUUGAAGCUAUCUGGAAACCCGCUGAAGUUUGUCGACAGCUCAUGGUUCAAGAACAUGGAUGUCCUCGAAACGGUGGAACUGCGGGCAAUAGGUGCUUACAGCCUGGCCGCCGACGCAUUCGUGCUCGCUCCUAGGCUGCACACGAUUGAUCUGUCCGAAAACGAUUUCACCGACGUUCCCAAAGGGCUCGACAGUGCCCGCAAUCUCAGGUUUCUAACGAUGGACCAGAAUCCCAUGGUGAACUUGAGCAGGACGUCCCUGUCUGGCGCGAGACAUUUAGAGGAGCUUCACCUGAGUCAGAUGCCACGGCUCGAAAGCGUUGACAAGGGCAGCCUUUGGCAUAUGAACCGCCUCACCCUCGUCAAUAUGAGCAACAACGUGCGACUAAAGGAGAUCAGUGAGUCGGCGCUUCAUUGGAUAAAGUCGCCGUCCAUCAGGCUUAUACUGACCAACAACAGUUUGCAGUCUCUGGAUUACGCGUACAGCGGACUAUGCGACACGGGAUUGCUAAGCCUUGACGGUAAUCCUUGGAUGUGUGAUUGCCAAGUGCUGUGGAUGAGACGCUGCAAUGCAACGCAAGAUCUGAGGUGUAACGGCCCACCAACACUGGCUGGCAGGGAGCUCGGUGAUCUGAAGCCGUCCGAAAUGAGCUGUCCGCUGAGCCAGCGACUCCUGCUUCGCUUCGAAGAGUCUGUUAGCAACAAACUCAUGCUCGCGAUUGUUGGUGUGUGCGCGCUUGCGGUGACAUUGAUUGCCGGCUUGUGCUUUUGGCGAGGACGACAGCGACACCUGCAAAAGGACACCCCUUACAGAGCCGUCCACUACACGCACGUGACUCCGAAAGGCGACGCUCCGUGAACGUGCGUGUGGACGUUCAGGCCAGGCGUUGCUCAGGCCGAAGAGGAACGCAAUUGAACGCGCCGAAAUUUAGUGAACGGGGACCCCGCGGCCUGCCACUGAAUGUGGCUUGACGAGACGUAUCGACCUUGUGUUAACCAUCCACGUGUGACGGCACAUCACAUGACCACCAGACUCUUGUGCUGUACAGAAUGGUUAACAGCGGUGUUUCGUAAAACUUUGGAACAAUCGCACCCAUGGGUGAAACUUUCCAAAAGACACAAGGAUGCGCUCAUGGGACAAGUUUAUGCGCCUAUCUAAACAAACACGCUUGUGUCACGCCUGUUAUUUUUGUCACCGUUGCCCUUUCUGUUUCUGGUGCCAUACAGAAGAAUGUUUAUUAUGUACAGAUGCGCACUCUACCUUGUCAUAUUUCCGAUGUUCGGAGGUGAUGUUUCUCUUCAUCUUUAGAAUUAAUGACCUCAUGCAUGGCCUUAAUUCAGCACAAACAGGUAUUUCCGAUUUCACUUCGCUUUGUUUAGGGGUGGGUAUACGGUAUAAAUCAUUAAAAAAUAAUUACCACAUUUUUUUUAACUAGAAGAAAUUGCAUUUGGUAGAUCUAGAACAGAUCAUGUAUAGAGCAGGUGAUAAGAGCGACUUCAUGGGCAACACCAUUUUGGUUUCAGGUGAGCCGCAUAGCGAGUUUGAGAAUGAAUACGCGAUACCAGUAGAAGUGUGAAGUAAAUACAGCGAAUGAUCUCGGAAUAAUUUCGUUU